GUUCGGGAACUAAAAAUAAAACAAAUUAACAAAUAAUAUAACAAUGUCCUGUAAAGUUAAAAAAAAAAGUACUCUGUGAGAUGAUGACGUAAAGAGACUUCCUGGAUUGUGGACCAAUCACAAACCCAGUUUGCACGAGGGGCUUGCCGUGCAAUCGGAUUGGUCUAUUUAAUCUCUCGCGUUCUUUUUCAAAUUUGUGUUACGUUAAUCCUGGAGAUGAGCAUUUCUUACCAGUCGCUAAACGUAAACAGUCUCGUCACCUUUGAAUAGUUUACACCGAGGGAAAGAACAAAUAGAGGCCAGUUCUCAGGUUGAAAGCCCGUAAGGGUCAAGUUCGACAAAAUGGUCAACCAGGGUGUUAAAGCUCUUCUCCGCUGGGUCAGUGUCAGUCACUCUGUUUCUGAAGAAGUGACCAUAAAUGAUUUUCAGGACGGGCUAGUCCUGCUAAAACUCAUUAAUAUGUUGGGGAAAGAGCCUGUCUGCAGCCUCAGUGACUCCAUUGAGGAUCGAUACAGACUCAUAUCAGACUUUUUGGAAAAUGAAUGCAGAUUUUGUCCCACUGAAGGCACUAAAAUAUCUAUGGACAACAUAAGAGAUGGCGACAACCCAACUGUUGAACUUGCAAAGGUGCUGCUGUUGCUGGUCUACUACGAUAUGAUGAAUGAACGCUGCACUCUAAACAUGCUGGGAAGUGAGGUGGAAAGAGAACUGGCAUACCUCACUUGCUCUUUUGUAAUGGAUAAGGAGGGCUCCGUUUACCUGAGUGACAGACUGGACUCCUACUUGGCACAAAAAUAUAUGCCUGCCUCCCAUAAGAUCUUGAAUGAUUCAGCAACCCCCUCCACCACCCUGUUCUCGGAUGACAACUCUCCUGUUUGUCAGCGCAGACAGAGAAUCACUUUUGUUGAUAUGGAAACGGUAGCAUCUUCUUCAGUCAGCAAGUCUCCUUUGGCAGAAAUUAUGAACACGCCAAAAUUUCAGAUGAGGAAGAUGAAGCUGCAGCUGGUCAAAGAGAGGGAGUAUAGAGACAGCUUGACCAAAGAGUUGGACAGCAAGCUUUCCCUCAUCACGGAGAGAGAGUCUCAUAUCAGUCAGCUGCAGUAUCGCCUGGAUAAGCUGAAAGAGGAGCAGAGUGAAGAGGAGGUGGCCAUCAGGAAACAAAUCAACGAGCUUGAGACCAAGAAUGACAUGCUGCAAACACGUCUUAAUGAGAUGCUAAAGGAAAACAAGGAGCUCAAACUGACCUCGUCUCAAUCGGAGCGACAAGUGGAUGAGCUAAUGGAGGAAAACGGUUCACUCUCUUCUCAGAUGAGAGCUGUGUGUUCACAGCUGGCCCUGUUUGAGGAGGAAGUUGGUCGACUCACAGAGAGUCAAACUUCUGCUAACGAGGAAUGGAAAACCAAAACCAACCAGCUGGAGUCGGAACUCAACCAAGUGACGGCCCAGAAGGAUUUUCUCGCUGAACAAAUUGAGAUCCUCCAAGGCAAGAUUUCCUGCUUGGAGGAAGAGCUGAGAAGAGUCGAUGAGGAGGUUGUUGGGGAAAACAUGGGUCCAGUCAUGGAGAUUUGCCAGAGAGAAGACUUGGAGACUGAAAUCCAGCAUCUGAAAAAUGAGCUUGAGAGCUCUCUUUGCUCAUUGCAAAAAGCUGAAGUAGAAAUUCAGGCCAAAAACCUCAAGAUGGUUGAGUAUCAACAAGAAGUUCUACAUCAUAAGGAGCUCCUAGAACAGCACAAGGACCACAUUGAAAAACUGAUUCAAGCGAAGGAGGAAACGAUGGAGCAGUUGAAGCAGGACAUGACCGAACAGAGCGAGGUUCUUCACAAGCAGAUCCAGGAACUUGAGCUUCGCUUGGAGUCCGUGGAGCGUCAGAAAGCCGAGCAGAUGAGCAGACUCCAGCAGGACAUCGCCGCCCUGGAACAUGAAAUAGAGACGCUAAAUGAGAAGCAGAAAGAGAAAGAUGAUCUUCUGCGCCAAACUGAAGACAACAUGAAGGAUCUUGAGGGAAAACUGAGCACUGCCUCUUCUCUGUUAUCAGAGAAAGAGCAAAACAUUAAAAACCUCUCAGAGGAAAUUGAGAAUCUGACAGAUGAGAAGAAAAGAAGCGAAGAAGAAAUUGAAUCCAGAGAGGAAGCUUAUACCAAACUACUUCAAGAGAAGUCUGAAGAGCAGGAUGUCCUUACCAACGAAAUCCAGGCUUUGACAGCACGCCUGGAGGAGCUUGGAUCAUCUCUAAAGCAGGCUGAGCUAGACGCUAAACAUAAGGAAGACCUCAUGGCUAAAACACAACAAGAGCAUUCCCAGCAGAGGUGUGAACUCGAGGAGCAAAUGUCCAGGUGUGAGGAGGAGAUCCGAAGACUUAAUGCAGAAGUGCUGGAAAAAAGCCAGUUGCUGGCUGCGCUUAGUGAUGCCAGCUCUCAACGGGCCAAAUCUCUGGAGCAGGAGAUCGAUGCCCUGACAGCCCAGCUGCAGAGCCUGACCGACUCCCUCAGGAAGGCUGAGGAUCAGGCGGUGGUUCAGGAGGCCGCGCUGGCAAAGCAGCAGCAGGAAAGUGAAAAGCAGGCAGAGCUCCUGCAACAGCAGCUGUCUGCUUCAGAAGAAGAGCUGAGGAACCUGAAAGACGAGGUCCAAACCAAAGAAGAAGCAAUGAACUUAUUGAGAAACCAGAGCUCAGAGCAAGCGGAGCUGCUACACCAGGAGAUCCACCAUCUGAAGCAGCAAGUGGAGUCUUGUAGCUCCUCACUGAAGCAAGCUGAAGAGAAUUUACAGUCCAAAGAAAACAUGUUUACACAGGAAAAACUGGAAACCGCCAAACACCUAGAGGAGCUCCAGGUGCAGAUGAUGGCAUCUCAAGAUGAAGUGAAGAGACUCAAUGUAGAGGUUGAGGCUAAGGAGGAGCAGAUGGUUCAGCUGAAGAUGGAGACCACUUCACAGAUGGAGUUACUCCAGAAGGAGGUUGAAGCUCUGAACGAGCAAAUGCAAACCGUUAAUAGUUCUCUGAAGGUUGCAGAGGAGACGGUCAAAGCCAAAGAAGAUCUGAUGGCCAAGCAGGAGGAGGAGAACUCUUUGCAGAUCCAAGAACUUAAAUACAAAUGUGCAGAGCUUGAAGAGGAGGUGGACGGGCUCAGACGGGACAUUCAAGCGAAACAGGAGGAGGUAGAGAUGCUAAAAGCUGAGAGCUCCAAGGAGAAAGAAGUAUUAUUGUCUGAGGUACACACUCUCCAGGAGGAGGUACGGGGUUUGAACGCCUCACUGAGGUCUUCAGCUGAGCAGACGCAAGUUCAGGAAAACCUGUUAGCCCAGAAAGAGCUCGAGCUCUCUCAGGUAAAAGAAACUUUUGGAGAGAAGAUUAAAACUUCUGAAGAUGAAGUUCAAAGGCUUCAGAAGGUGAUCGCAGUGAAAGAGGAACAACUGGUUACCCUGGAAAAGCAAGAGGAUGCACAUGCAGAGUUCCUGCAACAGGAAAUCACUUUCCUGAAAAGCAGGUGUGAUUCUCUCGCAAAAGCUGAGGCAGAAGCUCUGAGUCGGCUCGCUGAGGUCACCAAAGAGCAGCAAGAACAUGCUGAUCAGGUAGAGAUCCUGCAGCAGCAGCUCUCUGCUUCUGAACAAGCGUUAAAAACCAAGAUACUGGAGAUGCAGACUAAAGAGGAGGAGAUGAGCCUGCUGAAAAAUCUCAGCUCUGAACAAGCGGAACUACAACUUCAGGAAAUCAAGAGCCUCCAGGAACAGGUGGAGGGACUUAGAUCUUCACUUGAGACAGCUGAGGAGAGUUUAAAGUCCAAAGAAGACGCUUUAGUGGAGCAGAAAGAGUGCAGCAUUCAUCAGAUGGAGGCACAUCAAGAAGAAGUGAGGAGACUGACGUUGGAGGUGAAGGAAAAAGAGGAUCUGCUGACUCAGCUGAAGACCAAAACCGCCACACACACUGACUCACUUCAGCAGGAGAUUGAAGUCCUGAAGACACAAAUGAAGACAAUUUCUAAUUCUCUAGAGAUGGCUGAAGAGCAGGUCAAAGCCAAAGAAGAUCUGAUGGCCAAGCAGGAGGAGGAGAACAAGUUGAAGAUUGAAGAACUGAACAAGAACUGUGCAGGUCUGGAGGAGGAGGUAAAAGAGCUGAAGGGCUGCAUUCAGACCAGAGAGGUUGAGGUUGAAAGGUUUAAAGUUGAGAACUCCAAGGUGUCUGAAGCUCUGAACUUUGAACUCCAAACUCUCCGGGAGCAGAAGCAGAAGCUGAGCCAAAUGGUUGAAGCUGCAGAGGAGCAAGUUCAGAGUAAAGAAAAGCUGCUGGCACAGAAGGAGAAGGAGUUUUCCCAAAAGGAGGAGACACUUCAGGACACAAUGGCUAACUCCAAAGAGGAGAUCCGAAGACUUUUGGAGCAGAUCAAGGAAAAUGAGGAGCAAAUUGUCUCUUUAAAAGAGGAGCAAACCAAACAUUCUGACAUUCUCCAGCAGGAGAUCAGGAGUCUAAAAAUCCAAUUAAAUGAGGCAGGUAGCAGUCUGAGGAAGGCCGAGGAACAGAUCCAGAGUCAGCAAGCAACGCUAACCAGUCAGGAACAGGACAGGAACCAUCAGGUAGAGUUUAUGCAAGAGCGUCUGUCUGCUGCAAAACAGGAAGUGAGAGACGUGAGAAAUGAGCUCCAAGCCAAAGAAAACCAGAUGCUCCUGCUAAAGACAGAAAACUCAGAGCAGACCAGUGUUUUACAUCAGCAGACGGAAAACCUUCAACUCCAGAUCCAGAGCCUUAAAGGAGAGGUGACGGCCAUGUCUCAACAACUUCAGGUUAAAGAGGAGAAACUACAGGAAACCCAGCAGGAGUCCGUGCAGCAGAUCAACCUCCUUCAGCAGCAGCUGGUCUCCGCAAAUGCUGAGCUGACACAACACAAAGAAACGCUGGCUGCAAACCUCAGGAUGAGAGAGGAGCUGCAGGAGCUCAGAGGUUCCUCCCUAAAGGAGAAGGAGGUCUUCAUUCAAGAAAAAGAAGCUCUUAUGGCCCACAUACUCCAGGCAGAGAGGGAUCAGAAAGCUCUGGAAAAGCAGGUUGAAGCGCUGGUCCUAGAGAAGGAGAGACUUGCUCAAAGCAACCAGGCCAUCGAAAGAGAGAACGUUGCUUCUCGUAAGCUGGAGUCCCUGCAGCAGCAAGAAAUCCAAAUGCUGAAAAUGGAAAAUGAGAAGCUUUUAAGAGAGAAAGAAAAGAUGGAAGAAAAUGAGAAGAUCAAGAGAGACCUGCAGGAGCAGCUUGCUGCCAAAGCAGAGGCUGCAGAACACUUCAAGGCUCAGAUGGAGAAAGCUGUGAGUCACUACAAUGGAAAGAAGCAGCUCCUUCAGAAUAACCAAGAAGAAAUGAUGGAGCUGAAGCAUUCCCUGGAGGUGAAGGAGCAGGAGGUGAAGGCCAUGCAGAUGGAGAAAAAGCUGCUUCAGCUGGAUUUGGACAGGGCUCAAAGCAACGAGAAGAAGCUGAAGGGUACAGUGGCCAGUUUGGAGGCACAGAAUCGGAGCAGAGUUUGACGAGGAGAUGGACUCUGCUCGUAAAAAUCCAACUUCAUCUGUCAAACGACGCAGAACCACACAGGUCAUAAACAUCACCUUGACUAAGAAAACUCCUGGCUACAAGGAGGAGGAGGAGGAGACCUUCUGCAGCCUUCCUUCUGCUCGCUCUCAGCCGAACCUCGCUUGUGCUCCGUCUGGGUCUGACGCCCUGGCUGGUCAGACCGGAGCUGCCAGUGACCAGCUCGUCGGCCUUCCAGGGUACCGACGGAGCACAAUCCACGCUCACACUGCAAGCACGUUCUGUGUUGGAGCAGAGAAUGAACCUGAUGGUGGUCCUGAAGACUGGCUGAGAAUUGCAGAACUUCAGGCCAGGAAUAAGACCUGUCUUCCUCAUCUGAAGAGCAGCUACCCUAUUGAGUCUGAGACUGGCUCCAGUGGAGGGUUGGUUUUCACAGACCAGGACCUGCGCCUGGGCGACCCAUCGGAGACCUUCAGGCGGGCAUCCAUGAUGCCCGGUCAGCUGCAGGACUCCCUCGUCUCCCAUCGACAGUCGUUGAUGUCGGGUCAGGUGGGGGCUGCAGCCGGUACUCGUUCCCACCGCAUGUCCCUCAUGCCAGGCCACCUUCCGUCCAAAAACGUCAGCUGUGCUCAGAUGAAAAGCCCAAAGAAUUCAAGACCGUCCUCAUCUUCCCUGGCUGCUCAUUUGACCUCACCAGAGAGAAAGGGCCGAGCCAGCUGCUUUCCUCGACCUCUCACUCCUAAAAACAAGAACAUCCUCAGUGGACCUCAGCCUGCCCUCAGUCCUGCUGACAGAAGACAGUCCAUGAUGUUCACGAUUGACAACACCCCCAAGAACAACAGCUACUUAAAGAAGCGACUGACCAAACUGCGCAAUUCCACCCGCAAAUCUCCAGCUACCGCGUCUAAGACGAAAGUCACCAAAGGCCCUGAGAACACGCCAACGAGGAAACUGAGUGUUGCAGAAGCACGAGCCAGCAAGGCUGGCGGUUUUAAAACACCCCAGGUGAAAGGAAAACCUGCCCAGGCUCCUGGCAGAUCUGCAAAGUCGCCCGGACUCACAGCCAGUGCCCGAAAGAAACGUCCUUUAAAGGCGAAAGCCUCACUCAAAACAAUAGCAGAUGAUGAGGAGGAUGAAGGUUUAGGAGCUUCAAGAAAAGCCUGAUCAUUUUAUUUUUUUAUUUUCGUUUUAAUGAUCUUUUUAUCUUUUUUUCUCAUGGCUCUCAUUGACCACUACUUCUUGUGUUAUAUAUUUACAUAUGUGUCAAAUAAAGUUUAAUUUCAUUAUUGCAAAGGCUGUUUGUGAAACAGUAUUAUAAAAUGUUAAAAAAUAAACAUUUUACAAAAAC